GGGCCCCGCCUCCUUCCCCAUCCAGGGCGGGGGCGCACCCCCGGGCUGGCGGCCGGGAGCUGAGCCGGUGCCCCGAUGCUCCACGUAGGAGCUGGCUGGCGGCCGCCUGCGGUCAGUCCUGGCCACCAUAUAAAUAGGGCAGAAGACCCGAGCUGCAGGACUCGCUGCUGCCGUGCUGCAGAGGUCGCCACCCCUGCCCGGCCAUGGCGCACCCGGCGCUCCUGCUCAGCCUCGGCCUCCUGGCCAGCCUGCUGCCCACCCUGGCUGCCUGCCCUCAGAACUGCCACUGCCAUGGCGACCUGCAGCAUGUCAUCUGCGACAAAGUGGGGCUGCAGAAGAUCCCCAAGGUGUCUGAGAAGACCAAGCUGCUCAACCUCCAGCGCAACAACUUCCCGGUGCUGGCAACCAACGCCUUUCGAGGCAUGCCUAACCUGGUGUCGCUGCAUUUGCAGCACUGCCAGAUCCGUGAGGUGGCCUCCGGAGCCUUCCGGGGCCUCAAGCAGCUCAUCUACCUGUACCUGUCCCACAACGACAUCCGCGUGCUGCGCGCUGGUGCCUUCGACGACCUGACGGAGCUCACCUACCUCUACCUGGACCACAACAAGGUGACCGAGUUGCCCCGGGGACUGCUCUCCCCACUGGUCAACCUCUUCAUCCUGCAGCUUAACAACAACAAGAUCCGGGAGCUGCGCGCUGGCGCCUUCCAGGGUGCCAAGGACCUGCGCUGGCUCUACCUGUCAGAGAACGCUCUCAGUUCCCUGCAGCCAGGGGCUCUGGACGACGUGGAGAACCUCGCCAAGUUCCACCUGGACAGGAACCAGCUGUCCAGCUACCCCUUGGCUGCUCUGAGCAAGCUGCGGGUGGUGGAGGAGCUGAAGCUGUCCCACAAUCCUCUCAAGAGCAUCCCUGACAGCGCCUUCCAGUCCUUCGGCAGGUACCUGGACACCCUCUGGCUGGACAACACCAACCUGGAGAAGUUUUCAGAUGGAGCUUUCCUGGGUGUGACCACACUGAAGCAUGUCCACUUGGAGAACAACCGCCUGAAUCAGCUGCCUACCAACUUUCCCUUUGACAACCUGGAGACCCUCAGCCUCACUAACAAUCCCUGGAAGUGUACCUGCCAGCUCCGGGGCCUUCGGAGGUGGUUGGAAGCUAAGACUUCUCGCCCAGAUGCCACCUGUACCUCUCCCACCAAGUUCCGGGGUCAGCACAUCCGGGACACGGAUGCCUUCCGCAGCUGCAAGUUCCCCACUAAGAGGUCCAAGAAGGCCGGCCGCCACUAAACAGGUUCUGACCCAGCCAGUCCUGGUGACCGGCUUCUGCCUUCUGUUGGAGAGACUACUGACCUCCUCCUCUCUCACCCACCUCUUCCCUGCAGGCUCUGCAGAUGCAGAGUCAGUCAUACCUAGACAAGUCCUGGUAGGGGCCUUGAGCAUGCCCCACAUUAAGCACUCUAUCAUACCCAGGUCCCCCUUGCCUCCCAUGGCUCAACUUCGAGAAGCUGUUGCUGGGAUCCUGCAGGCUUUCAGAACCAGAAUAGGGAUUGUCAAGGGGAUGAUCACCAAGAAUCCUCCUUUCUGGUUACACUUGGCCACAAACAACAGGCUCUUGCCAUCACCACCACCACCACCACCCCACCACCCCACCACCCCGACCCAAGAGAAGGUCUGAAGCCCACACUCCAUCUCUGGCAGCCUCUGCCUGCCAGGACACACCAGCAGGACACCAUUGCUUUGCUGCAUAACCCUUUGUGCUGCAUUUCUCCCUCUGGUUUCUAGAAAUACAGGUUUAUGUAUGUGUAAUAUUUAA